AUGCUCUUCGAGGUUAAUAAAAAACUCUUUUCACGGUCGGAUCGUGUCAAGGGAGUCGAUUUCCACCCGACAGAACCAUGGCUGCUCACUGGUCUUUACAACGGCUCUGUUAACAUCUACAACCACGAAACUGGUGCCAUUGUGAAGACUUUUGAAGUUACCGAAGUCCCGGUGCGAUGUGUCAAGUUCAUCCCUCGCAAGAACUGGUUCAUCGCUGGCUCGGACGACUUCCAGCUACGCAUCUUCAAUUACAACACCCAUGAAAAGGUCGCUUCGUUUGAGGCACACCCAGAUUACAUUCGAUGCCUCACAGUGCAUCCGACGGCUAGCAUCGUUCUAACCGGAAGUGACGAUAUGACGAUCAAGGCAUGGGAUUGGGACAAAGGCUGGAAGUGCAUCCAGGUCUACGAAGGGCACACCCACUAUAUCAUGAACCUUGCCUUCAAUCCUAAAGACUCCAACACUUUUGUGUCCGCGUGUCUCGACCGCACCGUCAAGAUGUGGUCUUUAGGAUCGUCAACGGCGAACUUUACGAUGGAGGCGCACGACAAAGGCGUGAACUACGUCGAUUUCUACCCGGGCGCCGACAAGCCGUAUCUUGUUACGACGGGCGAUGACAAGACGGUCAAGGUGUGGGAUUACCUGAGCAAGAGUUGCGUGCAGACAAUGGAGGGACACACGAACAACGUCUCCUUCGCCAUCUUCCAUCCAAAUCUUCCUAUCAUCAUCUCAGGCAGUGAGGACGGGACGGUGAAGAUAUGGAACAGCGGCACCUAUCGCAUCGAAAAUACGCUUAAUUAUGCUCUCGAGCGCUCAUGGUGUGUUGCGCUUCGCAAGAACGCGAAUGAGGUCGCAGUGGGCUUCGACGAGGGAGUCGUGGUCAUCAAGCUCGGCAGGGACGAGCCUACGUUCAGCAUGGAUCCCUCUGGCAAACUCAUCUAUACAAAGAACCACACCGUCUUCUCUGGCAACCUACAAACUAUCUCCCAUCCUUCAGAUGACUCUCCGACAUCCUCAUUCGCUGACGGAACUCGCCUGCCGUUGUCUACAAAGGAAAUCGGUUCGACAGAAAUAUUUGCCAACUCCCUCAUGCACUCUGCCAACGGCCGGUUCGUAACCGUGGUCGGAGAUGGCGAGUACAUCACCUACACCGCUUUAGCGUGGAGGAACAAGAGUUUCGGCAACGGUAUCUCCUUCGCUUGGGCACCCGACUCCAACACCUAUGCUGUUCUCGAAAGCAAGGUCAAACUAAAGGUGUACAAGAAUUUUAAGGAGCGACCUGGUGUCGGUAUGAAAGGUGCUGGCAGCUGGUCAGUUGAGAGCCUUCACGGCGGCACCCUGCUCGGUGCUCGUGGUAAUGGCUUUGUGAUGUUCUGGGAUUGGGAGACUGGCGAGAUAGUCCGACGGAUUGACGUUGAUUCAAAGAACGUCUUUUGGUCAGGAACCGGCUCACUGGUCGCCAUCACUGCCGACGAUUCUUUCUAUAUCCUUCGUUUCGACCGCGACGCGUACAACAUCAAGCUUGACGAAGGCGCCGAGAUUACCGAUGAGGGUGUUGAGGAGGCUUUCGAGGUCGUCGCUGAUAUUCCAGAUAACGUCAAGACGGGCAAAUGGGUUGGCGACUGUUUCAUCUACACCACUGCUUCCAACCGUCUCUGCUACUUUGUCGGCAUUGAAUCGUAUACCAUCAGUCCAUUCGAUACACCGCUAUACCUUCUUGGUUAUAUCCCAGCCCACAACCGCAUCUACCUCGCCGACAAGGACCUGAAUAUCUAUGGCUAUGCGCUCUCGCUCAGCGUCGUCGAAUACCAGACCGCCGUGCUGCGAGGCGAUAUGGACGCCGCUGCUGAGAUCCUCCCUACCUUACCCAAGGACCAACUAAAUAAGGUCGCCCGGUUCCUUGAAGGACGAGAACUUAAGGAACUGGCAAUCAAAGUGACGACGGACCCAGACCACAAGUUCGACCUUGCACUAUCGUUGGACGACCUCGACACCGCCCUCGAUAUUGCUAGAACAGUGCCAGAAAACGAAGCGGAGGUCAAAUGGAAAGCACUCGGAGAUCGGGCACUGAGCGUGUGGAGAUUCGACCUCGCCAAGGAGAGCUUCGAGAAAGCGAACGACCUUAGCGCGUCGAUGCUUCUGCUGUUGGCAACUGGCGACAGGGAAGGCCUAAGAGCGCUUGCGAAGAGAGCCGAGGAGAAAGGACAGAAUAACUUGGCCUUCGCCAUAACCCUCCAGCUAGGCGACACCUCUGGAUGCAUCGACCUCCUGCUUAAGACACAACGUGCGCCUGAAGCAGCUCUCUUCGCCCGUACAUAUGCACCCAGACUAGCGAACAAGACAGUCGAUGCCUGGAAAACUGACCUCAAGACGAAAGGGCGGCCCAAAAUUGCAAACGCUAUUGCUGAACCCUCCGCAAACCCUGAGCUCUUCGAGGAAGACUGGGAAGUAGCUUUGGCCAAGGAGGAAGAAGCACUCUCAACGGCAGACGGUCUUCUUGUGGACACGACCUAA